AGCAAAGUAUAGGAGUUUCUUGAAAUUGCUCUUCCAAUAUAUAUAUAUUUAGUAACACUACUUUUUAGCAAGUAAAUUAAAGUCCUUUUUCAAUGGUGUUUUUUUGUUUUCUGGUGGAUCGAAAGAGAAUAAUGAAAAAGCGUAAACCAGUAGCUGGUUCGUGUUCGAGAUGCAACUGCAGUGCCCACGUAGCUGAUAUGUGUACUCUCACCAGAUUUUGUCAUAUCCCUUUUUAUUGGAAAUCUUGGAAGGCUAUUGUUUGUUGUUUCUGUGGUGCAAUUCUCAAGUCUUACACAACAUAAUUAAUUAUCAAUCAAUCGCUUUUCUCUCCUCUUU